GGGGACGCAAACACACCUCAACGUUUUCCGAGGAGACUCUCAAUGUAUCAUAUUGUAGCGUGGCGAGGGCGGGUCGUAUGACGUAACGAGGAGUCUUCGGGUGUUUAUUGUUCCUUCGUCAGCAGCACAGCCAGGAAAAAACAGGCUAACAGUGUGACAGCGAUCUUUUUCACACACUUCAGAGUUGAUUUGACGAGAGUGUGACAGUCGACACAACUGACUGUACCGAGCAGGGGCCAUGGCUUACGCGUACCUCUUCAAAUACAUCAUCAUCGGAGACACGGGUGUUGGGAAGUCAUGUCUAUUACUACAGUUCACAGACAAGAGGUUUCAGCCAGUUCACGACCUCACUAUUGGUGUAGAGUUUGGAGCGAGGAUGAUCACCAUAGACGGCAAACAGAUUAAACUGCAGAUCUGGGACACGGCCGGCCAGGAGUCUUUCCGGUCCAUCACCAGGUCUUACUACAGAGGAGCCGCAGGAGCGCUGCUAGUCUACGACAUCACAAGAAGGGACACUUUCAACCACUUGACGACCUGGUUAGAGGACGCUCGCCAACAUUCCAACUCAAAUAUGGUCAUCAUGCUCAUUGGCAACAAGAGCGACCUGGAGUCGAGGAGAGAGGUGAAGAAAGAAGAAGGUGAAGCAUUUGCCAGAGAACACGGCCUUAUAUUCAUGGAGACCUCAGCUAAGACGGCCUCUAAUGUGGAGGAGGCGUUCAUCAACACAGCCAAGGAGAUCUACGAGAAGAUCCAGGAAGGAGUGUUUGAUAUCAACAAUGAGGCUAAUGGUAUUAAGAUAGGACCCCAGCAUCCUACCACCAACUCCACGCUGUCUAGUAGCCAGGGAGGCCAACAGGCUGGAGGAGGCUGCUGCUGAAUCCCACAAACACACUAACGUCCUCUUCCUCAUCCUCCUCUUCCAUCCCUUUCUCCAGUUUUUCCUUCUUUCUACAGAACUGUGCAGGCUCUUAACAGUUUGUUAACCUCUCUCUUUCUGUCUCCCCCUCUUCCCCCUCUCCCUCUCUAUCUGGAGCUCCACUCUUUCGUCCCUCCUUUCCUUCCUCCCUGUCUUUCUCUGUCUGCCAUGUCUUUCCAACCGUACCUGAGCAUCUACAGGCUGCAUUGUCAUAAAUCAUCCUGACUGCCUCCAAUCUUUACAAGGACAAAGUCGGCUUCACCUGCAGAUACAGCGACCAAAUUAUAAACUUUAGCAGUUCACCUUGUUUCUUUGGUUAAACAAACAGGUUUUAAACUUCUUCUUUUUUUUUAAUUUCCUAAAUCCAUGCAUCUUAAAUCAUUAGGUUUGUUGUAAUUAUUUAGUAUCUCAGAAUGGUUUAAAAAGUAAACUAUAUAUUUUCAGAACCAGUGAGUUGACACUGUCUAGAUAGACAGUGUUGUAGAGAUUAAAUACACUCUUAACAAACUGACUAUUUGGAAUAAAAGCGCGCUGUGUGUCAUGUCUGCACAUGUUUGUACAUGUUUGGGAAGAAAAUGACACAGCGUGUUGGCACCAUGACACGUCCCUGCACGUUAGGUCUUCAUGCUGCGCCUCUGUGUGCAGGGAUGAUGCUGGUAUUCCACUGAGUCAGUAAGUGUUGGAUGAAGGAGGCAUUCAAGUCACUCUGUAUAUUAUGUCCAUGAAAAAAAAAGUACAAAUGGUGUUUUUUUUUUUUUUUUUGUGCGUUGUUUUGCUAUUUUGUUACAUUUUCUCUCUGUCUCUCUGUGUCCUUUUCUGUUGACUUUCCAAUGAUUUGUGUUUAAUGAACACUACACAGUGUCUGUAGCUCAAAAUAUGUUUUAAAUUGUCUGGGGAGGGAAUAAAAAACCAAACCAUCAAGCAUGAGGAAAGAUCCUUUGUCGAAGCGGCACAGAAGUCGAGCAGGACAGUGACAGAAAGGUUGAGGGAUGUUUGAGCAGCGACUGAAAGUUAGGAACUGAAGAAAAGUUGAUUGGAAACUAAACAUUUUUUAUUUUUAUUUGUUUACAGUAUUUAUCAAACACAUUUAUUUCUGUGUAUAUAUGGCUGUUGGGGGGGUGCUGUAGCUUUUUUAGGUGGGCUGUGGCUUGAUGUGUUUUUGCGGUCGUGGGCUUGUUAAUGAGCCAGAGUGAGUUUUGGACCUGCAGUCAGCGUGUUAUCAUUCCAGAUGUUAAACCCAAAGUUACCAAUCCACCGUGACAUACUUCAGAACUGAGGUCCUACUGUUUGAAUUUGGAACUUUGGAAUGAUGACAUGACUGUACUGAGGAUUUGAACGUCCCUGGGUCAGGAAGAGAUGGAAAAGGUGGAAGCAUCUCAAUUUUGAGGGCGUAAAUGUUUCACCAUGAAAGAGCAAACAGACACUUGCAAAUGUUAACUGCUUUAGAGCUUGACUGACGAAUGCUGCAAAUGUGUUUUUUUGCUUCAAAAAAAAAAAAAAAUCAGCGACGAUGUAAUAGGCAAGAUUUUACUGACGCUUUCGGUUUCUGCUGCUUCUGCUUCCUAAUGGUUAUUUCCCUUUGUCAGACUGUGUGAUAGCAUCAGCUUUCUUCUUACUUUAAUGCCAAAUUAUUGUUUACUUGUGCUUUGUCGGUGCAAAAAUAAUAAAUAAAACAAAUGAAAACACAAGGGGAAAAUCCACCACGCGCUGAUCUGGAAUCUGUUGUCUGCCUUAACUCUGCCCUCCUGAGAGAUUAGGACAGCUGCCAAAAAACUUAACUGCCCCCUCUGUUCACUAACAGUCGUUUUACCACUAACUGGUGGAUGCAUUUCACGUUCAAACACACACACACACACACGGGAAGAGUGCUGUAAAUAAAUGAAAAAAAAACCCUCCAUUUUGAUUUCUGUGCAUGUAUCGCAUCAUUUCAGGAGGAUUCGAAACCCAUCCCUGUACACACACCCACACACCCACACACCCACAUACAGUACGCCCAUGCUGCAUACAAUAUAUUUGUGUGUAUCUAUAGCUGUUUCUCUUCAGGCUACCUGCAUAACUUUAGCGUUCUUGCGUGUCAUAGCUGUGAGAGUGAAUCUGUUUUUUGUUGACAGUGUGUUCUCUUCUCUCUUUUUUAUUCUAAAUAUAUGAAGUCAGUUAUUAAUCUAAUUCUGAUGAAUAUUCUUUCUUGAGCAAUGUGUGUGAGUACAAAUAUGUUUUAAGGUGUGUGUGUGUGUGUGUGUGGAAGCAGAGGUAUCACUGGGGCAGGAUCAAGCCAAACCUGACGCCCUCUAUUUACCUACUUAUCUAUCUAUGGAUCGAUUGUCUAUCUUAUCGAUGUGGCCCCCCCUCUCCUGUCCCCCUCCCCCCCUCUCUUCUUGCCUCUCCUCCUUAACAUUAUUUGCUGUGUUUGUUCUUUGGAAAAAUUUUAAAAAAACAACAAAUAAAUUAAAAAUAUAUAAUGCUGUCACAAUAAACUAUAUUAAAACAUU